CUUUUCGAUUUCUCCUCGACUACCCUGACUGUUAGCCAGCGAAUAGAACAUCUUUUCUACCUCUACGUUCUUCUUGUGAUAUUGUUUGCUUCUUGUGUUAUUAUUUAUCGCCCACACAACCGCCAAGAUGUCGAAGCCUUUUGAUCCAGAGACGGCGGAGAACUUUGAGGAUGUAUGUCGCCUUUGCGCCCGGAUCGCCUAUUCAGAAACCCAACCAGGAAUGCUGACUUUUGGUGCAGAUGGAGAAGCAGUUUGCCGUUAAGGGUUGGUCCGGACAUCUCUUUUUCGAACUCCUCUCAUGACUCACGAUUAUGCAGCUGUUGAACAUCUGAUGACAUAUUGGUCGAUUCUGGAGAAGGUCCCCGGCUCGCAACUCCGCCUGACGAAGAUGGACGAUGAUAUCCUUGAGUCUUUCCAGAAGGAAUUCCCCGACUUUGACCCUGCCGAGACGCUCAACGAGGACAAGAUGAAGAGCAAGGAGGGCAAGGAGAAGUGGCGUAACUGGAUCAACCAGUAUGAGAAGAUUAUCGAGGACUUCAACUUCGGAACCAUGCUGCGUGCUAGCCCCAACGUCGAAUACGACAGAGAUACCACGAUCUUUGCCAUGCGUAUGCAGUUUUACGCCAUCGAGAUCGCCAGAAACCGUGCUGGUCUCAACGACUGGAUCUACGAGCGCGCGCAGAAGGCUAAGAAAUAAAUCUGAAGCUGCGCUUCUUUUCUGGGCCGUGCAGGAACGACGGCUAGACGGAAUGGUUCACCCGGGCCUUUACCGUAUUUGAUUUGCAAGCGUCUAGAGACUAUGCAAUGACUCGAGUCACUGGGUUCGACAGCCAUCCUUUAGUACCUUGGCCCAUAGGUCUCAUCCGGGUGGUCCAGCAUAGUGUAUAUGACCCUAUAAAAGAGUGGGGAUAGCCCCUCGACCGGGUACCCUAGGGUGCUACUACCGGAGUGGAUACCUGUACAUAUACCGAGCUGAAUCAAUGCUUUGGAAUGAAGUGAUGGAUAGAAAGACGCUUGGUUGACCCACUAAAUUUUUUCUGUGUACCCGAGAACAAUGGCAACGCAACCCAUUGUUCUUUUCCUCUACAAUAUGCCCGCAUAGGGAAAAUGCUUAAUAUCUGACCAGACGGACUAAUAUGAAAACGAGCGUAGCUCUUUGUUACAUUAACUUGCUAAGAAGUGCUUGGAAGCCUUUUGACUUGGGUGUUCAUCGCCUGCUUAUGUUCCUCUCUAUAU